AUGAGGACGCUGGUGUCGCUGGACCCCCUGCCGCUGCCCGCCGCCGUGCAGCUGCGCGUCGAGGAGGCCCUCAAAGCUGCCGCAGCCAACGGAGGCUGCGGCGCAGGCGCCGGCGCCGAUGCCAAUGCUGACAGCCAAAAGCCGCCGCUGCCCCCCGACACCAAGAGUUGGUGGAAAGUACGCUACACUCUCCUGCUGAUGGGCAUGCUGGGCGUGGCAAACCUGUAUGCGCUGCGUGUCAACCUCUCGGUGGCCAUCGUGACCAUGGUCAACUUGACGGCGCUGGAGAUCCGAGAGGCCAGGGAGGGUCAUCACCUGAACGGCUACGCCAACACCAGCACCGAAGACGUCUGCCCUGGAGAAAUCUACGAACCCGGCACUUCGGACACAGGGGAGUUCCUGUGGGACGAGGAGCGCCAGGGCUACAUGCUGGCCGGCUUCUUCUACGGCUACGCCCUGGGGCAGCUGCCCGGCGGCAUCCUGGCAGAGAGGUUCGGCGGCAAGCUGGUGUUCGGUCUGGGCACCUUCCUCACCGGGAUCCUCACCAUCGUCAGCCCGUUCGCCGUCUGGCUGCAAGAGGACCUGUUUUUUGUUGUACGCCUGUUGGAAGGCCUUGCCGAGGGUGUGACUUUUCCAGCUAUCCAAUAUAUGAUCUCCAAGUGGUCGCCGCCGGAAGAGAGAAGUCGUUUCUCCAUGAUAUUUUCAGGCAGCUACCUGGGCCUGAGCAUUUGCCUGCCCGUGUCCGGCCUACUGUGCGACUCUAACCUGGCCGGUGGCUGGCCGCUAGUCUUCUACGUGUUCGGCGCCAUCACCGUGUUAUGGUACGUGCCGUGGCUCGUGCUGGUCUACGAAUCGCCCGCAGACCAUCCAUGGAUCUCUGAAGAGGAGCGCCGCUACAUCGAGGCCUCAGUCGGCGCGGAUAAGCUGCAGGGCCAGCGGAAGAGGCCACCAGUGCCGUGGUGCUCCAUUUUCAAGUGCCCCGGAGUGUGGGCGUGCGCCAUGAUGCACGUGGGCAUCGGUUGGAACUUCUUCGGCCAGAUCACCUACCUGCCCACCUACAUGGCGGCCAUCCUCAGGUUUCCCAUCCGCAGCAACGCAGCUCUGUCGGCACUGCCUUACGUGGUCGGCGGAGUGGCGAGUGUGUUAUCCAGCAUCAUCCUGGACGUGAUCAUCAAGAGAGGCCUGGUGACGCCUCUCUCCGGCUACAAAAUCUUCAACGGCCUCACGGGCGCCGGAGCGGCGUUGACGCUGCUGCUGCUGCCUCGCGCCGGUUGCGACCGCAUGCUGGCCGUGGGGCUGCUGUCGCUGAACGGACUGUGCCUGGGCGCGCAGUAUGCCGGAAACGGCUCCAACCUGCUGGUGCUCGCACCUAACUUUUCCGGAUCGCUGUACGGCAUCUCCAACACAUUUGCCAACGUCGCUGGUAUCCUCGCGCCAUACGCCGUCGGCUACCUCACCAAUGGAAACCAAACGAGGGGUCAGUGGGACAUCAUGUUCCUCAUCUCUGCCGGCGUGGGCCUGGUCACGUUCCUGCUGUACUUGGUGCUGGCCACCGACAAGGAGCAGCCCUGGAACAGGCCUGAAGAACAAGCGUGUCAUAUUCCAGAGACCCCAGAAUCCUAUAAGAAGUUCGACGAGGGCCACGUCAACGAUGCGUUUGAGAAAGAACACUCGGUGUACAUCUGA